UGUGGUUGGCCUGUAACACUCUAACAUCAACACAAUACUCGCUCCGUUCCGUUUUGUUUUUUUCGUUUCGUUUCGAGGCGCACGAAGCUCGUACUCUAUGUCAACACCCUAAUUACUGUUACAAACCCUUUUUUUUUUCUUUCUUCCUCUUUCCAUUUCCAGGGACCAUUUCCAAUUCCAACAUUAAUAAACCUUAAAACUUUCUUUGUUAUUUUCCUCCCAAAGCCAGAGGAAAAUAAAACUACCUGAAAAACUUCUUCAAUUAAUUCAUAUUAAAUAUUUCUUCUCUCUCUCUCUCUCUCUCUCUCUCUCUCCCUUCAACCCCAACCCCCCUUUUCCUUUCCUUUUCUGAAAAGCCUUUGUCUCUGCCUCAAUCCUCUCUCUCUCUCUCUCUCUCUUUUCUGUUUUCCCCUUAUUCUGCUAUUUCGAGGUGAGCUUGUUUUUUUUUUUUGUGUGUUUUUCCCCCCAAUUUCAGCUGUGUAUCUUCUCCAAUAAAUAAAUAAGUUCAGCUGUGUAUUUGUUCAUUUCGAUUUUCCCUUUUUUUUUUCUUGGAUGAGAAACAAUGAUCAGAAUUUCAUCUUUUACCUUGCUCUGUUUCCUUUUCUUUUUUUUCGUUUCGUGGUGUUUUCAUUCAAUUAAAUGUUUUUUUUAUGCAUUUCAUUCAAUUUGUGUAUCGGGUUUUCACCUGCUUUGUUUUUCAGUGGUGUAACAUACAUAGUAGAACAUGAAACAGAAGAUAGUUACUGGUUUAGCUUUGAAGAAACUGUGACUGUGACAUGGAAUAGUAUAUGUUAUUAGUGCUGAAAAUGAUUUUUAUUUUCUUUUAAUACUUAAGCUUGUCUGUUGAAGGCAAGUUAUGUGUGGAAGCUUUUGGGGAUUUAAUGCUUUUUAUGAAAUGAUGCAAUUGUGGACCCGGUUUUUGCUUGGUUCGUAUUUGAUUUGUUUUAUUGUGGAUUGCUAUGUGUAAUGAAUAAAUUUGAAGUCCUACCUUGAAAAAAGACUUGUUUUCUAAGCUUAUCAAUAAUCAGUUCUCGGGGAUCGGUGACUCGAUGGGAAUGGAAAGAACAAAUAGCUGGAAUGGCGAAGGAGGAAGAGUCGGGUAGUCCUAGUUGGGGUGCUUCGUUUUUUAUGCAGACAACAGAGGAUGUGGCUAGAGCUGUUUCUGCUGCUAUGAAUUCUCCAAGGCCAUCUGUGAUAUAUUCAUCGAAAGAUGAUCAUGGUGGUAGUCAACUUCAAAGGCUGCAGCAUCAAGUUAAAAAAAUGAUUAAAGGAUUUUCUCGCCCUUCUGAUGUUAAAUAUACAAAUUACAAUCCAGAAAUCUUGACAACACAGAAGCGUCAAUGGGCUGCAAACUUUCAGUUGCAGAACAUGGACCAUAGGUCUUGGAAGGAGCCAACAAGGCUGUUUGAAAGCAUGGUGGUUGUUGGACUUCAUCCUAAUUGUGAUAUUCAGGCACUGCAAAGGCAAUAUUUUGUUAGAAAGUCUGAAGGCUCUGGUAAAUUGAGAAGUGCACUUGGUUAUCAGAAUCAAUCCCGUGUAGAACCCAAUCUUGAACCUCAGGUCUUAUUUGUUUACCCUCCAGAAAAACGGCUGCCUCUUAAAGACAAGGAUCUUCUCUCUUUCUGCUUUCCUGGUGGCAUGGAGGUUAAUGCUAUUGAGAGAACCCCUUCCAUGAGUGAGUUGAAUGAAAUUUUCUUUGGGCAGGAGCACCUUAAACAAAGGGAUUUGUCUUUUGUAUUUAGGUUACAGGGUGCUGAUAAUUCAACACUUUAUGGGUGCUGUGUCUUAGUUGAAGAGCUAGUGCAAAAACCGUCUGGAUUUCUCUCCCUUAUUUCAGAUAAACAGUUGACUUACUCCUCUUUGAGACGCCAUACAUUUACUACACAGAGAUGUUAUUGCAUUCUCUCAAGGCUGCCAUUUUUUGAAUUGCACUUUGGUGUAUUGAAUAGCAUCUUCAUGCAAGAACGGCUAGAGCGGUUGACGAAUAGUGUUGGAGAUUUAAAUUUAGUUGUUGAAGGCAGUUACGAGGAAGAAAACUUAGGGGGAAAUUCAGAGUGUGUGUUGGUGAAUGAUAGAUUAACAGAAGACAAACAUGAUGAGAAUCUAAGAAUUUCUCAAUCAAGCCUUAGAAAUUCCUCCACUGAAAAAAUUGAGGGUGAUGGUAAUAAUCCCGAUAAACAAAUGGCUAAUGGGGAGCUGCAUACAUUUAAGGAGAGAGUCAAUGAUGACAGUGUUGUGCCAAUUGAUCCUGAAGCUGUUAGAAAGCCUGUCAAAGAAUCUGGCCCUACAAAUGCUGAAGAUAGUGAUCUAUAUGGAGAUGCUUUUGUAACUAACAAACAAUCUGAAGAGAAGCGUUUACCAAAUGCUAUUCUGCCACUCCUACGCUGUUGCCAGUAUGAAAGCUCUGAAUCUUCCUGCAGUGUUCAAGGUUCUCCUUGUGAAGACAGAAAUUUUAGGAGUGAUGCUGAUGAUACUGAGACUGAAGAUGCUUCAAUCUCUGGCCAAGAGGAUUUAAAUGACCUACAUGAUAUUCUUGAAUGGGCUAAGGCAAAUAACUGUGGACCAUUACAGAUUGUGAGUGAGUAUUAUCACUUAAAUUGCCCUGCAAGGGGCUCAGCACUUAGGUUUCAUCCUUUGGAGCACCUGCAUCCCUUGGAAUAUCACAGACCAGAUGAGUCAGUUCUACAUGUUACUGGUUCAACUGUUGAUUUAAAAUCUUGUAGUUCAGGUCUGGAAAUAGCAGAGGCACAUAACUCUCUUCUGGCUGAGGAGGAGGCAACUGCAUUAUCUGUAUGUGCUAUAGCAUGCCUAUGUGGUACCUUGAGACUUGAAAAUGUGUUAACAUUCUUUGCUGGAGCUUUACUGGAAAAGCAGAUAGUUGUUGUCUGUUCUAAUUUGGGAAUCCUAUCUGGUUCAAUUUUAUCAGUUAUUCCACUGAUCCGGCCCUACCAAUGGCAAAGCCUACUAAUGCCGAUUUUACCAAAUGACAUGCUUGAGUUUCUGGAUGCCCCUGUCCCGUACAUAGUUGGUAUCAAGAACAAGACCAAUGAAGUUCAGUCAAAGUUAACCAAUAAUGUUAUACUCAUUGAUGCCAAUCGAAACCAGGUGAAGUCAUCAACAAUACCUCAACUGCCAAGACAGAAAGAGUUAAGCGCUUCUUUACGUCCUUAUCAUGCAACUCUUGUGGGAGAAAGUUACUUGGGUAGGAGAAGGCCAGUGUAUGAAUGCACGCAAGUGCAGAUAGAAGCUGCCAAGGGGUUCUUAUCGGUGAUAAGGUCUUAUUUGGAUUCCCUUUGCUAUAAUAUCCGUUCUCAUACAAUAACCAAUGUACAAUCCAAUGAUGAUAAGGUAUCCUUGCUUAUGAAGGAGAGUUUCAUUGACUCAUUCCCUUACCGAGACCGGCCUUUCAUGAAGCUUUUCGUGGAUACACAGCUCUUCUCUGUACAUACAGAUAUUGUUCUCUCUUUCUUCCAAAAGCAAUAGGAGUGAAAUGCAGAACAUUUGGGAAUAUACUGCCUUGCAAAGAUUGAAUGCAAGUUCAGUGUUGUAUAAUUUCUCUAAAUUAUUAAUGAGCUAAAAUUUUCUCCCCCAUAUAACCCAAAAUUUCACCAGCUCGCCCACUUUUCUACAUUAGGGAUGCUGCAGAACCUGUAGAUAAUUAGUUAGAUAAUGUAUCCAACCUUAAUAAGUGCUAUAGGGUUUCAUUCUAUGUAAAUGACAUUUUUUCACACACCAAAUGUAAAAGCUUUGCUUUAUCUCACACUGAGAGCUACCACUUUCCGUGUCACUUGAAUAUGAACUUGUUCUCGAUGAAGACCGAGUUUGUUUGGAUGAUUUUUAAUAUAAUGCAGAG